CAAAAAAAUAAUAAUAACCCCUUUCUUUCUUUCUUUCUUUCUUUCUCUCUUUUUUUUUUCUCUCUCUCUCUUGGAUGUCUGAACAGUCUUCUCCUCGUAUAUCGAGGUCUGAUUCCAUUCAAAAUCUUAAAAAGACUAAAGAUUUUUCUUCUGCACCACCUUCUCCAUCUUUGAAACCUCAAAAGGAGACUACCAACGAUGAUUCAGAUGAUGUACCUACUGCUGUUGUAAUCAAAAAUAUUCCCUUUUCUUUAAAAAAGGAUGCUUUACUUUUCAUUAUGAAUGCCAAUGGUGUCCCUUUACCUUAUGCCCUUAAUUAUCACUUUGAUAAUGGUGUAUUUCGUGGUCUAGCGUUUGCCAAUUUUCGAAAUACAGAGGAAACUAUGGAUGCUAUGAAUGGACUGAAUGGAUUGGAAAUCGGUAGAAGAAAACUUCGUGUGGAAUUCAAAAAACCCUUACUGUUUGGACAACCAUCCGUUUCUUCAAGAGACAAUAUACAACAACAAGGAUAUGGAGGACACGUUAAUGACAGCAGAGUAACAGAACUUUAUGAACAACUAUUGAUGUUUUGUGAUGAUCCUAGUCGUGAAUCAUUUACACCUGAAACUUACUCUGGCAGGGAAAGGAAAGACGUACAUUUGAUGGCAGAAAAAUUGGGCUUAUUACAUCAUUCGGUUGGUAUCUAUCCUGAACGUCAAGUGCAAGUCCGGAAGAAGGAAAUUCAUCUGAAGGCAACGACAGAACUUGAUAAUGUAAAUCUAUCUCCAAAACCAAGUUUAGAAUAUUCUCCUGAUUCAAGACCUCUUGUAGAAACAUUCACCAAAAGAGAAAGCGGAUUAUUCCGAAAAUCCUUCAAUCAAACGUCUAAUAGUAACCAGCAACAAGAUACCAUAUUAUAUCCUUUUCGACAACCCCGUGGACCUGAUUUGACCAAGAACUUUGAAUCUAGAAAAAAUUUGCAACAAUUGUCUUUAUCUGAUAUCUUAUUACGUCAACGUAUGGCUAAUGUAUUCUUAUAAUAGUGAUUAGUUUUCUUUGUUGUCUACAAAUAAAGUUGUUCAUAAUGCUGUUGUCUUUUUUAGGUAUUGGCCUGAUGGAAU